AUGGCAUCCUUCUCCACUCUCCCCAAUGAGCUGCUCGAGCAAAUAGUCGCCCGUCUUUCACAGCACGACACGUCUUCGUUCUGCCGUCUCAACAGCCAUCUCCAUAUACUCGCUACGCCAUUCCUUUACCGCCAUGUCGAUCUCUUCGUGCCCCCCAGCAACAAGCUCCCAAGGAUUGAUUACUUUUGUCUGAACAUCCUCCAGGACGCCAGAAAAGCCAGCAAUGUCAGGUCGAUCCGUCUGGGCGUCUCCUCUGGUGAAAGCGUUACCCAAGGCCAGCGACAGCUUCCUCACGACAGCUCCUUCGACCAUGCCUACCUACUCCAAAAGGCCAUGGACAUUUGGACCAACGAGACCAUGUUUCCCACCAAUGCCCAUCUGAAAGAGGCACUUGAAACACGCGAAUAUUCUGCGUAUGCAGCACUCAUCAUCCUAAUCCUCCCAUCACUUCAACAUCUACACGUAACCGACUGCAAGUCUACCACGUAUGACUAUCUUCAAGCUUUGCCCGACACUCUGGCUCCCGAAUCAUUAGGGACUCCGCGCUUUUUGGCUCAAUCGCUUGUCCGCCGUCUGUCAUCCAUCACACAUACAUCUCUUGUUUUUGACCAAGCAAGAGGCAUAGCGUACCGCGACCCAGAUACUUACCUUUCCGCUGAUCAUUUUCUAAAUCUCCCUAAUAUCCAAUCCCUCGAGCUUUCAGUCCGAGGCGGAUUGCGUCAUCAAUCCACACUCAGCACUAACGUUCCACUCAUCCGGCGCAUUAGACCGACUAAUAUUACCACAUUGGUCUUCCGCCAUUCGGGCGCUUUCAUCGCAAGCACACGCUCUCUUUUUCAAUGCAUCCCUAGGCUACGCUCACUUACCUACGACUUCGUCUUCGACGGCAGGUCAAUGCCAGAUCCUGUCGUCAAUCUAGCCGCCUGGUGUGAUGUGUUACAAGCCUUUCAGUCCACGCUGGAGAUUCUCGUCUUCAGUAUAGAAUAUUGCGACAAACUCGUCUGGUUCUACUCCCAACCCCGUAUCUCAAUGGUGAUGAAUGGUCACCUUAAUAUGACGCACUUCCCCAAACUUGACACUCUGGAAGUCCCACUUCCCUUCUUGACUGGAGACCCCGAGUUUACCAUGGAAACACCAGUCGCCCAUCUACUCCCACCAAACCUGCGACAUCUUACCCUACGCACCGAUCUCUCGCAUGCUCAGCAUGCGCAUCCUUUCGACACAUCCAUUCUGCAAGAUGGCCUCUCGGUCAAAUCGUCGCAGCGAAUGGCAAACUAUCUAAUGUCAGCCCGAAGUGAUGUUUCGGUCAUUUACCAGACCUCCCUCACUCUACUCGAGCAGGCAACAACUCUUGAGUCGCUAUCCAUAUGGCAGCCCGCCGAUCCUUCCCUCGCUUGGCUUGACAGCCAAACUGAGGAUUUUGCAACGACUUGUCGUAACACGAACAUUUCCGGCAAAAUCCUGAUACCAAUGCUGCUAAGGUGGAAGAAUGCUGCGCAUUGGGAUCUGAUGCAGGAAAAGACAGUUUUUGACAGAGAGGCUCCGGGACUCAGGCCUCAGACAAGAUUCUGGAGGAAGGAGUGGGAGGGAAGACCAUUGGGAUUGGCAACCCAAUAUCUCUUGCAUGCGUUGAGAUUUCAUCCGGUAAAACUCUAA